AUCCAGCAUGGGUACCGUAAAGUCACGGGCAAUAACAUCAGAAGACGAACCAAAUACGAUAGCAUGUACUACUCCAAACUUUCAUGAACACCAUCAGUCAAAAGGCUAUGGCAGCAAUGGAUCUUUCUUGCAAAAAAAUGACUUGCAUUACGACAUGGGAAACAGUUCGAAUUACCACCCCGUUCGUCAACCCAGCGUUAGAAGUAGGAGUCUGCACCCCAUGCCCACAUCUGAAGAAUUGGACCGGAAAUUUACAAAAGUAUUGGCUUCAAUGGAUUUACCUCCCGAUAAGGCGAAACUACUGAAAAAUUACGAUGACGAAAAAAAGUGGGACAUUAUUUGUGAUCAGGAAAUGGUUCAAGCGAAGGAUCCACCGUCACAUUAUUUAACUAAGUUACGAACGUAUUUGGACCCAAAGGCUUCCCGAAGUCAUCGGCUUUACUUUCUUUACUUUUUCUGCCAGAAAAGGAAAAUGGUCGGCGAAUCGACUUCCACCCAAGUUUUACGUGAUUUGGAAAUUUCAUUGCGAACUAAUCACAUCGAAUGGGUUAAGGAGUUCCUUGAUGAUACUAAUAGGGGACUUGAUGCUUUGGUCGAUUAUUUAAGCUUUCGCCUUCAAAUGAUGCGUCAUGAACAGAGAGUUCAAGAAUCUCUCAGUGAAUCCGAUGAGCGGCUCAAUUUUAACAAUAGCGGUGAUGGAGUGGGUGCUGUGUCAUUAAAUGGAACAUCGACCUUGGGUGGAGUUAGCAGUUCAAACCUGUUGGAGUCUUCACGUUAUCAACAUGGAAAUUCUUCAACGUUUAAUGCGAUAUCCAACAGUAUUUUGAGACCAUCUCUUUUGGAUGUUCUCGAUACACCGAGUGUUAGAAGACGUUCGCGUCAUAUUGCUAAAUUAAAUAUGGGUGCCUCGACAGAUGACAUUCAUGUUUGUAUAAUGUGCUUACGUGCAAUAAUGAAUAAUAAAUAUGGAUUCAACAUGGUUAUCCAGCACCGUGAGGCCAUAAAUUGUAUCGCGCUUAGUUUGAUACACAAGUCACUGCGUACAAAAGCAUUAGUUCUGGAACUACUAGCCGCAAUUUGUUUGGUCAAAGGAGGGCACGAAAUAAUUUUGUCAGCAUUUGACAAUUUCAAGAACAUUUGCCAAGAGACCCAUCGAUUUCAAACUCUUAUGGAAUAUUUUAUGAACUUCGAAGCAUUUAAUAUAGAUUUUAUGGUAGCAUGCAUGCAGUUUAUGAAUAUUGUCGUUCAUUCUGUGGAGGAUAUGAACUAUCGUGUUCAUUUGCAGUACGAGUUUACCGCGUUGGGGCUUGAUAAAUAUUUGGAAAAGCUCAGACUCACUGAAUCCGAAGAACUGAAAGUCCAAAUAUCAGCAUAUUUAGAUAAUGUAUUUGAUGUCGCCGCCUUAAUGGAGGAUUCCGAAACAAAAACAGCUGCACUUGAGCGUGUUCAGGAAUUGGAGGAUCAAAUUGAACGCGAAAUAGACAGAAAUUCUGAGUUGUUGUAUAAAUUGGCUGAAGUGGAUACUGAAGUUCGGUUUCUUAAAGCAGACCGCGAAGAUCUCUUAGCUACAAAGUUAAAAUUUGAUGAGGAGGUUACGACGCUUCGUCGUAUUUUAAAGCAGAAUGAGCAAGAGUUGAAAAAGCGGGAGUCCUUGCUACAGAGUAAAAAUUUAGAGCUGCAAACAUUAACACGGUCUUUGCCUCGGUCAACUUCAAAUAUAGCGAAUGAAUUGGACAUUAACACUUGUGCCAAAGAAUCUCCAGUGGAAUGUGUGUCACCGCCUCUUCCUCCUCCUCCUCCUCCACCACACUCACAUGAACAAGCAACAUGUUUGCCACCUCCUCCACCACCACCAGCACCGCCGGCACCACCGCCACCUCCUCUCGGAAGCGGUUUAACACCAAAUGCAUUUACUCCGCCAGUUCCACCACCAUCACAACGUGCCUUGCCACACCAAAACAGCACUUCGAUGAUUUUCCAGCCACCUCCACCACCUGUAGCUGGUUUUAUGCCAGCUCCUGACGGUGCUAUGACAAUCAAAAGAAAAGUGCCUACAAAAUAUAAACUGCCAACUUUAAACUGGAUAGCACUAAAACCAAACCAGGUGCGCGGUACAAUCUUCAACGAGUUGGAUGAUGAAAAAAUAUACAAAUAUAUUGAUUUUAACGAAUUUGAAGAGCGUUUUAAAAUUGGCGUCGGAGGCGGCUUGUCUUCUGGCAGCAACUCAGAGGUAGAUGGAACACUUCAAUCAUAUCCAAGCAAACGGUUUAAGAAACCUGACAAUAUAUCAUUAUUGGAACACACGAGAUUACGAAAUAUUGCAAUAUCUCGCAGAAAGUUGGAUAUGCCAAUUGACGAGGUUAUUUCCGCAAUACAUAGUUUGGAUUUGAAAAAAUUGUCAUUGGAAAAUGUAGAGCUUUUACAAAAAAUGGUCCCAACGGAUGUGGAAGUAAAAAGCUACAAAGAAUAUAUUAUUGAACGGAAAGAUCAAAAUCUUUUAACAGAAGAAGAUAAAUUCAUGCUUCAGUUGUCCAAAGUGGAGAGAAUAUCAUCGAAAUUGUCCAUAAUGAAUUACAUGGGUAAUUUUUUCGAUUGCUUGCAUUUGAUAUGCCCGCAAAUACAAUCCAUAACCUCGGCAUCAACUUCCCUAAAACAAUCACGAAAAUUUAAAGCCCUGCUGGAAAUUGUGUUGGCGUUUGGAAAUUAUUUAAACAGCAACAAGCGUGGACCAGCUUACGGAUUUAAGCUGCAAUCUUUGGAUACCUUAAUUGAUACAAAAUCGACAGAUAAGCGUUCAUCUUUGCUGCACUACAUAGUUGCAACAAUACGUCAGAAAUUCCCAGAAUUGCUAAAUUUCGAAUCUGAACUUUACUGCACGGACAAAGCUGCCCAAGUUUCUCUUGAGAACAUAGUAACAGAUGUUCAUGACUUAGAGAAAGGCAUGGAAUUGGUGAAGAAAGAGGCUGAGUUGCGCGUGAAAGGUUCACAAACGCAUAUUCUGCGUGACUUUUUAAACAAUUCCGAAGACAAGUUGAAAAAAAUUAAAAUGGAACUGAAGAUGGCUCAGGAUGCAUUUAAAGAAUGUGUUGAGUAUUUCGGAGAGUCGUCACGCAAUGCUGAUGCAGCUGCUUUCUUCUCAUUAAUUGUACGGUUUUCCCGAGCAUUUAAAGCAUACGAUCAAGAAAAUGAACAACGAAGACGAUUGGAACAAGCAGCCGCAGCAGCAGCUUCCAAAAAAGAAAGCGAACAAGUUCAAUUACGUAACAAAUCCAAUCAAAAAAAGCAGCAGUUUUCCGCUGGAAUAUGUUUACAGGACGCUGUCAUUAACGAAUUGAAAUGUAAGGCGAAUUCAGUCCGAGAGAAAAAACUUUUGCAGCAAGAUGAAGUGUAUAACGGUGCUCUUGAAGAUAUAUUACUCGGUCUUAAGAGUGAACCAUAUCGACGUGCCGAUGCAGUUAGACGUAGUCAGCGUAGGCGUAUUGAUAAUAAUCGCCUUUCACGUACUCUCGAGGAGCUUGACGUCUAGAGAAACACAUUUACCAGCCAAACGAUAUGUAUUUGAACUCAUAGUAUACAAAGAUCACCUGAAGUGCAAGGCAGCCUAGAAGAAAAUUUGAAGCGAAUACUCGUAUUUAAUUUUAUUUUGAUAUGUUUGUAUUGCAUAUCUGUUGUGCAGCUUCGAAUAUGGAAAAUUUGGAACGAAUAUUCGUAUUUAAUUUUAUUUUGAUAUGUUGGUAUUGCAUAUCUUUUGUGCAGCUUCGAAAUAUGUACACAAUACGCUAUCUUGCACAUGGGUUGAUCGUUUACAAAAAUAAUAAUCGAAUAAUAUAUUCGAUAUAAAAUUAUUUUACCAUUUGCUAAAGACGACACAUAUGACUUAUUUUUUACACGCACAUGCGUUUAUUACAUUCCCUUGCAAUCAAACCGAAAUAUCUCCCGAACCAAUAUUAUCGACAUGUUGCGUUGUAUUUAGUUAAUCUAGUAUUUAAUUAGUAUCACUUUAGAAACAUAUUUUAUAUUGGUGCGAACGAUACAUGUAGUUCAUAUGCUUUUGAAAUUAAAUCUGCAAAUUCACUCCGUAUUAAAGAAAAAUAAAUCGAUGAGCCAGAUAGUGAAGAUAACCAUUAUCAAUAUAUGUUGUUCGCUUCGAAUCGCUUCUUACGAAGCCAAUUGACUAUUCAAAGAUUUUUCCCGAGGCUGUCCCUUUUAAUAGACGAUAGAAAGUUACAAAUGUCUUUAAAUUCUGAGACAUUUUGUUUAAUUUUAACGUGUUGUUUAAUACUUCUUUCUAAAUUCAUCCAUUUUAUAAAUGGGCAAAAUAUUGUAUAUAAAACCUAGCGCAUAUAAUGUUCUCCGUGGCCUUUCUGUAUUUUAGUUUCAGGCAACUAAAAUGUUGUAAUCUUUCAAAUGGUUGAUAACCACACUCUCUGCACUUAUUGAGAAUGAUAAAUAGAUAAAUCUUAUGUGCAUUCUGCAAGUUAGAGUGUUUAAACUGGAGUGAAUUUUGGAAUAUUUUUUUUAAAAAUCUCGAACUAGCAUCGUUUUCAUACCGUAUUAACAUUUUAAUCGUUUUUAUUAUAUACGUUUGCAUAUAAGUUUUAUAUUUGAUUGUUUGGCAUAUGUUGCACGUAUACUUUGUGUACAUCUUCGUUUUGAUAUUUUAACCUUAAAUAUUUUGUAGUAAUACAUCUAAGACAUGGACACUCGUUUAAGGUAAAAUUACUUCAAAUUUAUUACAUUUCUUUAUUAUAUUACACACAAGGAGUUAAAGGCUGCGAAGUCUUUGUUCGUAUCAUAUUCGUUUUUAAAGAAAGAUUUUGGUUCCAAAAUACAACUCGGGACUUUUGUUUUAUAUAUCCGCAUAUUUAAGACACCUCAUUUUCAAAACGAGCGUAUGGUGUGAUUAAAUAUCAGUUUAUUUAUUUUGUAUUCGUGUCUUAUUUAUUGCUUAUGCAGUUUUUUUACUACAUUUUAAGAAAUAAAUUUUUUACUAUUUAUAA